AUAAUAGAUUUCAUCAAUACCAUGGGAGCCAGAACAAUCAGAGGCCUGGCUGCAUCCUGUUCAAAACAUCAGCCAGGUGUUUGGCUCUCCUGUCCAGCACAAACACAUCACCGAGCAUCUCAUGCAAGUGCUUUUCCUUGUGUCAACACUUCCUACUGUUUGGCUCAUGGUUUCAGCUCUCCGUGUACCGUCUGUUUGCCUCUUUGACAGAUCUGGCAGAGCCCAUCCAGCAGCUAACGAGCAACAACCAAGGACGCAGUUCCAGAGAGCACGUACCGUUCACCCUCCUGGCACGCAAAGAGAAGUGUGGGGAGCUGCUGUACGAGAAGCGCCACUAUGAGAAGGGCCACUGGGCUUGUAUAACCAUGCGUGAGGACACUUAUGAGCAGAGCAUCUGCUACGGCUUUAUGAGGAUAAUGAGAUACAUCUGCCAGCAGAACUCCUUAGGCGACUACCUUGGCAUGACGCUGCCCAUCGUGACGGUGGUGCGCACAGACGAGAACCACUCUGUGAUUUCCCAUGACGUCACCGUGGCGUACUACCUUCCUGUCGAGCAUCAGGCCCAGCCGCCACAACCGUAUGACAGUGACAUCAUCAUAGAGGUCUGGCCGGCCGCCGUCGUGUACACCAGGCCCUUCACUGGUCCCACCAAUGAAAUGACCAUCGUCGGUCAGAUCAACGCCAUGGCGGAGCUGCUGGACUCUCCGGGCGUGUGCGUCAACGACUCGUUCAUCGUGGCCGGCUACACCAACCCGGCUCACAGCCACCGUCAGAACGAGAUCUGGUUCCUGGAGCGGCGCUGACGGACGUCUCGCAGCAUCCUCCCUUCGACCCUCGAGCCUCAUGAAGACUCCCUUAACACUGCCCCGCUCAGCUACAGCCUCAGGUGUAACAUCGUCUUUAGUCACUCUCUAAACCGACCACCAGCCUAGCACACUCCGGAGCCAUUGGGUUUUAAGAAAAACUGAAAAGAAAAAAAAAAGAGCUCAGCCGUUACUCUAACCUCAGCAAAUUGUCCUUUAUGUUUAUUUUAGAUAGAUCCUCAUUUCACCCACAGGAACUGAACGUAACCACUGCCAUACGCUCAUGAACACGACCAGACACUAAGGUGGAGCAUAGCAUUCAUCUCCUGCUUCGAGGCGGCUCAAAGCCUUUCCUCAGCACUCUCUCUGAAAGCUGAAAUAUUGUAAUUGUUGUGGCUUUAUGAACACGGCGACCACUGAGUGGUGCAGCAGCCUGUCCAUCCCACAGGACCAGGCUCCCGGUGGACAUGCAGCCUUAUCGUGCUCCCUCUCUGUUCGUCUGUCCUGUGGAGUCAUCCUCCAGCCCGUUGGGUGACUUCAGCUCCGUCACCUUUGAUCCGCUGUUUCUUUAUCUCUGGAUGACGUCGCUCACUACACAUCCUUUUGAUUCCAGUCGCACUGCAGAUUUUCUUUCAACAAUAAGUGCAAUAUUUAUUGGAUGACCAAUAAUCAGCGAGCCAGUUCCUGGGCCUCUGACCCGACCCAGUCUGGGGCGUGUUCAGUUGCCGCCGGUGUGGUAGGUGAGGAAAGGGCUGUGCAGCAAGUAUCACGAACCCGACUGACAACCAGACCAGAACUAGUGGCUUCAGCUACGAAUAAGCUCAACACAAUAGGUGACACUAAUUUAGGAAACAAACACAUUCGUGUGUGUUUGUGCAUGAAUGUAAAUCAACAAGGCAAAGUUGUGAACAGAUGCCACACUAGUACAACCAAAUGCUGACAAACCCACUGAUUCUACUGCUGAAUGACAAUCAUACCUACAGAUUAUAUAUAUAUACACACAUCUUUUUCUGACGCAAGGAAAUGCAUUCCUCAUGUUUUAAGUCUUUGCUCACACACACCAGUAGUUACUUGUGUACCUCUCUGUCAUGCUUUCUACUGCUGCCGAGUAGAAACGAUGCAACGAGAACAUAACUAGAGCACACAGAAUAUCUACUGUGAUUAUACUCUUAAACAGAUCAAUCUGUUUUAGUUCAAGCUGUUUUUCAUGUUUUGUCACCGAUUAAGAAGAGUCUAUAAUAAAGUCAGAAGUAUACGUUUAUCUUCUCUAUACUUUAAACUCUAACAAACCAAUGCAACAGAGACAGAGUGAUACUGCCAGCUUCACCCACAGCUCACCAGAGGCCACGUGGGGACGCUUCAUGUGCUUUUACUGCUCGGGUACCAGUGACAUCAAACUGGAGGUGAACCAGCCAAAUCAUCACUGUGUCAGGAUUCAUGACAGGAGAUCUAUGAACUUCUAAAGCAGGCACUUGUUGAAGCAUAUUCACUCAGUUCAGCCAACACUGGGAGAGAUUUGGCUCCAUUUUACAUUCACAGAGAAAGUCAACAAUGGACGCUUCAGAAGGUUCGGUGUUGGGUUGGGAAGGUUGCCCAGUCUUAAACAGUCGGGUCGACAUCAGGACAUUCAAAUCCAAAGAAUCUAUUUUGCAUUAAAUGAUUGUAGCGUUGAUGUGCUGCUCGAUGACAGCUGUAGGGCGUAAGCACUCGCAAAGCCAUGACACACGUAGGUUGGUUUUCCCUUUACAGUUCUGGUUAUAUGGGAACAUCACGUCUGUGGAAUUAAUUUGUUUUCCUUUCUUUUGCUUAAUUUUUUUUUUAGUGUUUUGCAAAAGUGUGAUGUACUGUGAACAAUUCAAGUGCAACAACAAGAGCUAUUGUGGAUUUCUUUGUUCAAUAAAAAUGUGCUUGUCUCCUGUCUUUUGAAAUCCA